CUCCAUUGAUAAGGCUGUGGGGAAGCCACUCGGGGUUGGACGCGUUAAGGUGAAGCUCAAGACUCCAAAGAUGUUGGACUCCCAUUCCCAGCACACGUCUUCGGAUGCUCCCACGCAUAGUGACACCGAUAAGAGUAGCCAGCAACACGGCUUUGACAAACAAGGUGUCGGUGCUGAUAGGAUGGAAGACAGUGCAAAUUCCUUGCCUGAUAUGAAAUCCCCUGUUCCAUCAAAGAGGACUGCUACCGCUAGCAUCAAAAUUAAGUCAUCCAAGGUCUUGGCAUCCAAUGCUGACCACACAGUUUCCAGUGAGAUUAAUCAUCCAAAAGAAAGAAGUCUCCGAUAUAAUAAGCAGGAAUUGGACGCUUCCUUAGUUGUAAUAAGGAAGGUAGACUAUUUUGAUAUCAUUGACACGCCAAUGGAUUUCGGAACUAUAUGCAGCAAUCUUGAAAAGAGCGAGAAGUACAUGAAUUCUGAGGAUGUUUAUAAGGAUGUUCAAUACAUUUGGGACAAUUGUUAUAAGUAUAACAAUAAAGGUGACUAUAUCUUGGAUCUUAUGAGGCGAGUGAAGAAGAAUUUUAUGAAGUACUGGACUGCAGCUGGGUUAUAUUAUGAACCAUCAAAAGGGACUAAGGGAGCAGAGGAUGCUGCAUUAUCUGGUGAUGGAAAAGUAGCGAAGGGUGGUCAAGCGAAGCAGAAGUCAAAGAAACGUCAUGGAAGACACCAUAAACAUGAUUGUUUAUGUGCUAUUUGUGUGCUAAAGCGCCGAAGGAGGGAACGGGAGGAGAAUGCUCGACUUGCUAAAGGAAACUUUGGAUCUGGUGGUGAUAAGCUUGCUAAAGAAUUUAAGCAAGAGGAAUCAAUGCUUGUAGAAAGCCCUGGUGGUGAGGAUUCAUCAUCAAAUAUGAAUGAUUCACUUGGCACUGAUGGAGAUGCUGAAGAUGACAAAGGAGAGGUAGCAAAAAUGGAUCUUAGUGGGAAGCAGUGCAGCCCUUCCAAGGGAAAGCAUGAAGACAUUGAUGGUGAUGAUGAAGAUGAUAAUGACGAAGACCACAGCCAGGAGGAAGGGGAAGAGGAGGAAGAUGGAGAGGAAGAAGAUGAGGGGGAGAUUGAAACGGACAACCCGAAGCGACAGAUGGAUGAGGCUUCAAAUCGGUCACAUUAUGGAGGAAGUUUGGCCGAGAAAUCUAAUGUUGGAGAUGUAACCACUCUUCGUGAUGAAUAUGCAGCGACUCGGCAAGAAGGACAAGCUGCAGUAGUCCAGCGACAGAAGCACAAGGAAUCACGAGAUAAGCAUCAGAAAGCUCAGCUGCUUGAGAGCUUAUAUGUCGAAAACCCCAAGCUAUCAAGUUUAUGUGGUAUUCUCUUCCCCAACAAUACUCAAUCUGUCUGGAGUGGACCACAUUCAUUAGUACAGCGUCAGAAUUCAAGUCGCACUUCUUCAAUUCACGCGGCAAUUCGGACUUUGAUGGACUAGCUUUUUUGCGUUACUAUUUUUUAAUUGAUUCACUACUUGCUAGCCACCAUCCCAAAAUGAUAAUAGUUUUAGUUGAUGUGUUACUAAGUUUAAACUAGGUUUUGUAGCUUUGCCCUGUCUCUCGGUUUUUAGUAUUAAGCAGGCGUAGGGCAAAAUGAGUCACAUUACUGUAAACAUAACACUAGCGAGCAAAUGCAUCGUCAUUCUCAUUUCUAUUUUCUUGUU